UCGAUUGAUCUACACCCCUUGCGCGCGCCCGCUGCUCUCUUCACGGAAAAUAAAAUAAAACCCUGACUCGAGAGUACGGAUAUAAGGAGCAUCAACCUAGUUGUAGAAACAAGUGGAAAAGUUGUUAAUUCACGAUGAAGGACCGUACACACGAGCUAAGGGUGGGGAAGGAGACUGAGGAAGAAGAUGAUGUGGCAGUCAACAUGGAAAAAGAUCGAUUUAUGGAUGAGUUCUUUGUACAGGUGGAGGAGAUCCGAGGCUUCAUCGAGGAGCUCUCAGAGAAGGUGGAGGAGGUGAAAAGACAACACAGCGCCAUCUUGGCUGCCCCCAAUCCUGACGAAAAAACGAAGGCAGAGCUGGAGCAGUUGAUGACGGACAUAAAGAAGUUUGCAAACAAAGUGCGCUCCAAGUUAAAAAGCAUUGAACAGUCCAUAGAGCAUGAGGAGGCUUUAAGCAGGUCGUCUGCAGAUCUGAGGAUACGUAAGACACAGCAUUCCACGUUGUCUCGGAAGUUUGUGGAGGUGAUGUCAGAGUAUAAUGCCACGCAGUCGGACUACCGGGAACGCUGCAAGGGCCGCAUCCAAAGGCAACUGGAGAUUACUGGUAGGAACACAACUAAUGAGGAACUGGAGAGCAUGCUGGAGAGUGACAACCCUGCCAUCUUCACAUCAGGGAUCAUCAUGGACUCCAACAUCACCCAGCAGGCCAUGAAUGAGAUUGAGACGAGACACACUGAGAUCAUCAAGCUGGAGAACAGCAUCAGAGAACUUCACGACAUGUUCAUGGACAUGGCCAUGCUGGUAGAGAGCCAGGGGGAGAUGAUAGAUCGUAUAGAGUACAACGUGGAGCACUCAGUGGACUAUGUAGAGAGGGCCGUGUCUGACACCAAGAAGGCAGUGAAGUACCAGAGUAAAGCCAGGAGGGCAAACCAUGCAUGACCUUAUGUGACAUGGUCUCAUUGAAGUCCAUGUGUCUAUAUACCCUCAACACUGCUGCUGUGACAGAACAGCAUGAAUCUCCCCAAGCCUACUGGUAUCUGCUGGGUUACAUCUAUUAUUCAACUGUUUCUCCUACACACACUGUAGAACUUACCAUUAGGCACAGAUAUAGGAUCAUCUUACUCUUACCAACUUCUGAGCAUUGCUAUUAGAGAGAAAAUGUGAAACUGACGUUAGACCAGCGUAUAGGCCGGGUAAACCUCAUCAUACUCCUCCCGAGUGACAGGCGGUACAAUAUUGCCACCACUUGGUCAGAUAAUAGUACAGCAGGUCAAGGUUGAGAGAAGUUGCAAUUUAAACAGACAAUUAAAGUUUGACUCUAAUACAAAGAUCAUAUAUAGAGAAUAAAACCCUAUUCCAAUACAUUAACAUACUUUCAAAAUGUAUCUGUUUUCCUAAGGCUGUGAAAUUCUGGGGCAUGUGUGUAUUUCCUAGCAAUGUCAGUGUGUAAGCAUGACCAUGUGUGUUUUACCUGUUGCACAUAACUGUGCUGUUGGCAAUAUGGUUAGUAGUAGUUCUGACAAUAACAUUUUCUUGACAUUUUGGUAAUGCCAUUUCCCCCUCUACUCUUUCAUGCUGCCUGGAAUCCUUGUUUUAUUUCUAUUGACAUAAUGCAAUAAUGGUCAUGCAGAAGAAAAUAAUGAUUAUUAUAUGUUGUGUGGUUCUUGGUAUUAUUAUUGCCUCCAGUGUUGGUGGAAGUUUAGCAUAGAAGACACAUUAUACACAUAUAGACCCACAUGCGCACACACACAAAUAAAAGAUAGACAGUGUACAGGGCAGGUGUAUUCGUUAUGCAUGAGUGUCUCUUGUAAAUAAUAUGUGGUUCUAAACGUCUUAUUGAUUGUUGAAUGUUUUGACAUUUAAAAUGUAUUUGGGGUCUGAUUUGUAACCGGGAGCGGGACAUUAGUGUUUUUGACAACAGUACUGUAACUCUUACAUUCCAAUUGAAAAUAACUUUUUAUUUUUUGUAUGUCCAAAUAAAUGGCCUCUUGAUGAGUGAA